GUGCUGCGGCAGCCGCAGCGCCAGCCGCGGCUCCGGCUCCGGCUCCCCGGUAUUUAAAGGGGACGCGGUGGCGGCCCGGGGGGAUGGGGGGCAAGUGGAGGGGACGGCCCAGACGCAUAUCAUCCACGGCCCCUCCGGACUGGAGGGACUCGUGAGAGCCGAAGCCCAGAAAUCCGGGGGUGGAUAAGACACCGCAUCCCCUCCAAUUCCUGUAAGCACCCCUUGCUCCAUCCUGAGCCCAAAUACCUCAGCUAGCCCGUGUCCCCCUACUCUUCACACUCCAAACUCAGCCGGGACAGACCUCUGCCGCCGCCGCUCCCCACGUGAGUCCUGGACUCGCCGAGCCUGCUGGAAAAGCUCAGAGGUCCUGUCCCCCUUUUCCUAUUCGGUGACCACAAGAGGAUUCAAUCACUCAGGAGAAAGCUUCCAGAGGAGCUCUGGACCGACGGCUGGAGGCCAACAAUCCCUACAGGUGGUGCUCAGGGUGAUGUACUGACAAUGAGCGGGUGUUUUCCAGUUGCUGGCCUCCGAUGCCUGUCUAGGGUCUUCGAUGUGCCAGCAUCUCUGGCCGUGGCCCGCUAACCUGCCUCUCCCGGGCCGGCUCCUGCCGCGCCCCCUCUCGCUUGCUCCCUCCUCCUCCUGCUCCUCUCUCCCCUGCUCCCAGGACGGCGGGAUGGCUGCGCAGGGCUCGCCGCGCUUCCUCCUGACCUUCGACUUUGAUGAGACUAUCGUGGACGAAAACAGCGACGACUCGAUCGUGCGCGUGGCGCCGGGCCAGCGGCUCCCGGAGAGCCUGCGUGCCACCUACCGCGAGGGCUUCUACAACGAGUACAUGCAGCGCGUCUUCCAGUACCUGGGCGACCAGGGCGUGCGGCCGCGAGACCUGCGCGCCGUCUACGAGUCCAUCCCGCUAUCUCCCGGCAUGGGCGAACUGCUGCAGUUUGUGGCCAAGCAGGGUUCCUGCUUUGAGGUUAUUCUCAUCUCAGACGCCAACACCUUUGGCGUGGAGAGCGCGCUGCGCGCCGCCGGCCACCAAGGCCUGUUCCGCCGCAUCUUCAGCAACCCUUCCGGGCCCGACGCUCGGGGGCUGCUGGCGCUGCGGCCCUUCCACUCACACAGCUGCGCGCGCUGCCCCGCCAACAUGUGCAAGCACAAGGUGCUCAGCGACUACCUGCGCGAGCGGGCCCACGACGGCGUGCACUUCGAGCGCCUUUUCUACGUGGGCGACGGAGCCAACGACUUCUGUCCCAUGGGGCUGCUGGCCGGUGGCGAUGUGGCCUUCCCUCGCCGCGGCUACCCCAUGCACCGCCUUAUCCAGGAGGCACAGAAGGCUGACCCCAGCUCCUUCCGCGCCAGCGUGGUACCCUGGGAAAAUGCCACCGAAGUGCGCCUCCAUCUGCAGCAGGUGCUGAAGACGUGCUGAGGACGCGGCCUGCAGGGGGCGCCCGGCGGGAAGGGGGCUGGGGACAGGGAAAGACAAACCUAGUUUUAUUAUCCCCUUCCCCUUUCGUUUUGGUGGGUCCCUCCGGGAAUUUCCGGAAUCCGGAGCUCGUCCGUUUGGGGGCUGGAGGAGAGAGUUCGGAGCUGUCCCCAUCUAUGCAGUUAACCCAGCUUGGCUGUCUCCCCCAAUUCCACUGCCAGCGAAUUCUGGUUUGGCCCCGCUAGGGUGGUGCGCAGACCCAAGCAGGCAGCAGUGUUUUCCAAAAACCUUGUCCCCUCCCAACUGGGAGGAAAGGGUUGCCUUGCAGGGUAGAGAAGGAACAUCUCCCACUGUGUUUCAUUAACUGUUGCCUUGGGCCGCAUGACUUCCUUCCCCUAGACUUCUGUCAGGGGGACCCAGGUCCUGAAAUUCCUCUCCCCGUCCCUUCAGCCUCGCACUCCCCGCGGAGAGAUGGUGCUCUCCACGGACGCCAGUCUCAGGCCUAGGUCUUGCUUUACCUUCUGUGACCCUACACUACACUCCUGCCUCCCCCAACGCACGCUGUCGGAGUUCCCACAGGAAGAAAUGCCAGAGGGAACAGUCGCCUCCUGGUGGUGGAAUGAGGUAGUACACUGUCCAGGGCUCGGGUCCGGCCAGCCAGGGACCUCAGAGAACGCGACGACGUCUCCUCCUCGCACCCCAGCCUCUUCUAUGCAGCAAGAAACCAGGGACUUAACCAAAGUCGCCCCGCCAGCUGGACCCUCUGAACCCCUCCCCUCCCAUAUGGAACAGAAAGCCAUGAUGUUUUAAAGCACAGCCACUGAAACCCGACCCCCGCCCCUUUUGGUGUUUCAGAGCUAUAAAGGAGGAAAAGGG